ACUGGCAGAGAAGUACCCAUUAAAUGACUACUUCAUUGGUCCCCUUCGAAUGGUUACAUUGAAAAGAUAUCCUUACAUCAAAAGCACACAAUAAAUAUGUGAGUAAACAGCUGUAAUUAAUAGCUUACUCAAUAUGCACUUUAAUCUCACUGGCAUAAGCACCUAAAGUAGCAUCUGGUUUUAUUGUGAUGUUCAGCCACUAACUCCUUGUGACUUGUUGAAUCUAACAGUCUGUUAGGCCCAUCCGUACAUCUUCUAGACAAGAAAACCUUUAAUCUGUGUUUUUGUUGAGAUUAGCCAGAAUUUUUCUCAGUUCUCUGCUAAGUACCGUUGUGAAACAUGUUGACAUCUCAAUUUUAAUGCUUUGAAUUUUGUACAUAGUUACUGGAUUUAUGUUCAUGUAUAUAUUUUUUUCUUUUCUAGACUGAAGCACGGAAUCGAAUGAUGGCUGAACCAGUAAAACUGCGGAUCAUCCUUGGUUCCAACAAUACUGAAAAACUGACGAUAGCAUCGGGCAUGCCAAAGUCUGUGGAGGAUCUUUCAGAUGAGAUCAAACGUCAAUUUGAUAUUCAGGGGGACAUUAGACUCCAGUACAUGGAUAGUGACUUUGAUAAUGAGUUUAUCAACCUUAAACGAAUGGCUGAUAUUCAGGACAAGAGCACAGUGAAAGUCAUCCGUCUGACUGAUGCUUCAGACUUUGGUGAAGUUGGGAUGAACCAAAGUGGGGAAGAAACAUCACUAUCAUCUUCUGACACACUAUUACUUUCAUCCUCUGACUCAGAAACUGCUCGAUCUCAGUGGCCUGCAGAAUUCCAAAUGCCAAAGUUUCCGUAUGACGUGGAGAUGCAACUUCAAAGUGCAAACCAGGCUUUCAUAUCAAAUGGAAUUCCUCUGAACCCAGGACACAAACUUAAGUCAGACAUUUUAGAAGCUCUAGCUGAGAAAAUCAUGACGUUUAAGGCAUAUCCUUCAAACUUGGAAAUAGAAUCUGUUGCUGAAGCUUUAAUCAAAGCACAUCCAUGCUUAAGAGAACAAGGAUCUUUCAGUGGUUUCUAUGGAUGGAAGAUUAGCCUCAAGUACAAGAUGGCAAAUUAUAGGACAAAGCUUAGAAACUUGGGGUGCCCAGAACUGAGCAUUAAUUCCCUCAAGCACAAACCAACUGAUCGAUGUCACCCAGCAUAUGCUGUCAAAAAACCUAGAAAGGCAGAGGUAAAUUUUUGUCCUCCUUAUCCGGCUGGAGAGACCCAGGACAGCCUUGAAAGUGAGAGAUUGGCAUUGCUAACUGAGGUCAAGAAGAAGCAUAAUGAGAUAGUUAUCAAAGAGAAGAUGGCCAGGACCUUUGCAUACAGGAGGCAGGAACUUGUCAAAAACAAUCCCAUGAUCGCCGACUUCAAGAUCAGAUGGCCAGGACUAUUUAGUGUGGCUGAGGUGGAAGCAGAAUUUGUGAGGAUUACUACUGCUCCACUUGUUCCGAGGUUUCUUGCACAACUUGACCAAUACACUGACCAACUCAUAAAAGUCUUCAAGAAAAAAGGAGGCGCUGCAGGGAGGAAAAUGAGACAAAUUUUGGCCCCAGCCACACAGAAUGAAACUAUUGAAAAGAGGAGGGAGUGUGUCCUCAGGGCACUACCUUUUUACCUGAAUGAAGACCCAAGCAUCCUCUUCAAAGAAUACCUGGAUUCUGAUGCUGCAGCUGUUCAAAGGGAGCUGGAACAAAUUACCCUUGGUAUCUUCACCAUCAGUGUUGAAGGAGGUGAUGCCAGCACUCCUCCAGCUGAUGUGGGUAUAACCAUCGAGGGUGUUGAAGUUCUGCAUGACCUGGGAGACAUGGCCUCUGCAUGUGCACUCUUAAUGGGUGUGAUAUAUGCACUGAAUCUCAGUUAUCCUCGGGAACUGAAAGCUUUCUUUGAAGUACUUCAGAAGCUCUUCCUUCAUCUGGAUGCCAGCAGACUCUCAACAAAGGUACAGAUGCUCAAGAAUAAAUUGUAUGAAUAAUCCAACCCUUUAUUUGGAUGAUGAAUGUUCUGUCAGAUGGACAGAAGUUUUUGGGAGGCGAAUAAAAUGGUAAUUUGGUUGAAAAUGGUAUUUGAGGGGGGAACCUAAAUUUGAGAGCGAUUUAAAACAUUUGUUUGUAAACAAUUGCAAUUACAGAGAUUUUACUCUUUUUGGGGGGCGGGGGGGGGGUUUAGGGCCUACUAAAAGAUUAUUCAAAGUAUUGAGAUUUAAAGGAUUUCAUUGAGAGAGGAUACAGGAUGAAUGUGUAUUUUGCCGCCUUUUAAAAAAGAACAAUUCUUUCCAUGUUAAAAUGUUUGCCACUUGAGUUUUUUCCCUAUACAGUGGUAAAAUAAAUGCUGACAGUGGCAAGUGUUAAAUGAGUUCUGUUAAGCUGCUGCAAAAAAACUGAAAACUGGCAAGCUGUUUUAUUGUCAGAUCAUAAUGUUUGCAUAUUUUAUUAAAGUUUUA